CCUGCUUUGGCAGCCACAGAGUAAACCAAACUUCUGCAAAAUCACUCUUACCAACCACCAAAACCUCUUAAAAACAUACAAAUUUCUCACUAAAUUAACCAAAAAACUACCCAAAAAUCACAUCUUUUUUAAUCAGAAUUCUGCAAAAAUGGAGGAAUUAAUGGAAGUGGAAAACAAGCAAGUAAUACUAAAAGGGUACAUCGAUCGAGCUCCAUUGGAAUCAGACAUGGAAUUGAAAGUGGGAAAUCAAAUUAAGCUCAAAAUUUCAAAAGGGUGUAAUUCUGUUCUUGUAAAGAACCUCUAUCUUUCCUGUGAUCCUUACAUGAGAGCUCGAAUGCGCGAUUUUCAGGGUUCUUAUAUUCCACCUUUUGUUCCUGGCAAGCCUAUUGAAGGAUUCGGUGUCUCCAAAGUCAUAGAUUCAGAUGAUCCAAAUUUCCAGGCAGGAGAUAUUGUUUCAGGAUUUACAGGCUGGGAAGAAUACAGCUUAAUAGAGGAUACAAAGAAACUGAGGAAGAUUCAACAACAUGAUAUCCCUCUUUCUUAUCAUAUAGGUCUUCUUGGUAUGCCAGGAUUUACUGCUUAUGCAGGGUUUUACGAAAUCUGUUCUCCUAAAAAAGGGGAUCGUGUUUUCGUCUCUGCAGCUUCUGGAGCCGUUGGGCAGAUAGUUGGUCAACUUGCCAAAUUAUAUGGUUGCUAUGUUGUUGGUAGUGCAGGCACAAAAGAAAAGGUUGAUCUACUGAAAACUAAACUUGGAUUUGAUGAUGCUUUCAACUACAAAGAAGAACAAGACCUUGAUGCAACUCUUAAAAGAUUUUUUCCCGAGGGAAUCGACAUAUACUUUGAGAAUGUCGGAGGAGCCAUGCUAGACGCCGUCCUCUUAAACAUGAGAGUUCAUGGUAGAAUAGCUGUUUGUGGAAUGGUGUCUCAACAUAGCAACCAUGACAAAGAAGGGAUCCAUAACCUGUUUUCGAUCAUUAGAAACCGGCUCACAAUAAAAGGGUUUCUUCAGAGUGAUUACUUGCAUUUGUUUCCUAAAUUUGUAGAACAGGUUGGUGCUUACUAUAGGGAAGGGAAGAUUGUGUAUAUUGAAGAUAUGAAUGAAGGAUUAGAGAGCGCUCCUUCUGCUCUUGUUGGUCUCUUUACUGGUAAAAAUGUGGGUAAGCAGGUUGUUUGUGUGUCACGUGAUUGAUUCAAUCUCCGGAACUUGUUAGGGGUUUGGGAUUGAGUUGGGAGAAGGUAAGAGGACUUUCCCCGAAAAUUCCACUAGUGGGAUUGAAGCAUUGCGCUCCUGAACUAUAGGUUGGAAGGUGUUCUCUUUUCCACCGGAUCAAGCUUAACUUGGUCUAAAUCUCGUUAUUGAUUCAAUCUUCAGAGCUUGUUAAGGCUUUGGGAUCGAGUUCGGGAAAGGGUAAGAGGAUCUUGCUUCGAAAGUUCCCCUAGUGGGAUUGGGAUUGAAGCAUUGCGCUUCUGAACUUUGGGUUGACAGGUGUUCUCCUUUCCACCAGGUCAAGCUUAACUUCGUCUAAACGUAAGUGGAAGGUUCUUGAAUGUUGUUUGAUUGUAUGUAAAGUUGUAAACCAUCGUUCUUGAGAGUGCAUUAUUGUUUUUCUACAUUUAGUAGAGAGAUGCAAAUAUGUUAAUUGCUCUGUAAUUGUAUUCCAUCCAAGGGAUCAUAUUUCAUGUAGAGUUCGAGUUCUUACGUACAUAUUUGUUUAUGUUUAUGGCA